AAGCGAUGGUACAUGGGUGCGGGGUAGCUCGUAGCUUGCCUUGGUCGUUGGGAUUUAUUUUUUUUUUUAGGUGUAAUUUAAGGUGACAGCCGUUCCCGUAACACCUCUCCAAAUCGGGAAAGCCCCAAAUUCUGCCUCCCGUAGGGGAAGGAGCCGCGUCCCCCUCCCCCGCUGCGAGCUUCCUGGGCAAGGGGGCGGCCCCGGGAGGGGCGGGGAGAGCGCUGCGGGAGCGGGAAACGAAACCGAAACGGAGUUCGCAGCCAUCUUGCCGGGGUGACCGGGUCCCUGCCUCCCCUCGCCGGGAGAUGUUCUGCGGGUCGGGGUUUCUUUUUUCCGUUUACUUUCUUUCAAAGUAGGGGAAUUUGGUGUAUGGAUGAAACAGAGCAGGCCCCUGUUUAGGACGGGAGAGUGCAGAGCAAAUUGCAGCUCCUUCCUGGCGCACAAGCAGCCGGAUUCACACACCUGUCCCAGCACUGCGCUAUGAACAGAGGCGCUGGUCAAGGCAGAGGCUCGUAUUUUACCCACUCAAGACAUAACUGCGCUAAUCAAGUUUUUUUUAACCACCCUCAUACCCCACGAGAAACUAACUUUUUACACCAGCAGUUCCUGACAGAGCAGGACACUGAAGUCUGUUUGCUUCAGGGACAGGGAUCACACGAGGAAUUGCAAGCUGUGGGACCGGCUCCUGCAGAGGGAUGGCGACCCAGCAGCAGCAGAGCAGGAUGGCAUAGAUUCUCCAGCCAGCGCCCGAGGGUAGAGAAUUUGCCACGUUACUGCCCUCCUCAGUACCGUCAUCAAGAGAACUCAGAGGGAGAUUCUAACACCAUCAGGCUGAACUUCCAGAGACUGUCUCUUGCCAGACAGGACCGUGAACAAGAAAUUCUGAAUAUUUUCAGGCAGCUUGGGGAGGGGAAGACUUGUACAGUUCGUGAUCUCACACGUAAGCUUAAAACUCAAAAGAAAGAGGUCAACCAGAUAUUGUAUAAACUCUUUAGAGAAGGCAAGUUGCACAAAGGAGAAGAGACACCGCCACUGUGGAGGAUUGCCGGCACGAGCACAGCGAGAGAAAGAAGCCCCACGGACCGCAGCAGUGAUCGCCCAGGUCCAGCUUGUGAGAGCAGAGGAGGAGAGAGGAGCACAGCUGGCUCAGCAGACACCGAUCCCAUGAUGGCUGAGACAAAGGACAAAAUCUGUAACUACUUGUUCAGCGUGGAAGAAACAACAGCGCUCAACCUCGCCAAAAACAUUGGGUUUUCGAGGGCCAAGGACGUUAAUGCCUUUCUUAGCGCUCUGGAAAAGCUGGGGGAUGUCCACAAGCAGAACACGAACCCCCCGCGGUGGUCCCUGACGGACAGGAAACGCGAGCGGAUGCAGAUGAGGCUGAAGGCAUCUGCGAUAACGCAGGUGGUGGAUCCCGCUCCUGAGCUAAGUUUUCUACCUUCCUCUGUUCCUCUGUGUCCCCAGGAAGUGGCCAGAGCUUCACCAGCAGUGUCAGCAUUAGAAGAAGAGAGUAUAGAAAACGGGCAGCAGGCUUCGGGGCAAACUGAUCAGAGUGAUGUCAGUGACACAGAAGCAACCCUGUCCGAGGACGCUAAACCUGAAUUCUCCGGUUUGAGUAAUUAUGAUAACUCUGAAGAUGGCAAGUGGGCCAUGGAUGAUAUCCCAGAUAAUCUGAACACUAUCAACAAGCAGCCCGAUGAGUCAGAAUCCAUCAUGAAUUCCCAGUCUUCCCCCAGUUACGCUGCCCAGUUUGAGACUGCUUUCCCUUGUACGCCCGUAGAGAAACUGAUGGCUUGUCAGGAGAAGAACCCAGUGAGUGGCCUUACUGAAUAUUCCCAGUACACGUACCAGCACUGUGAGUUUGCCAUGCUGGAGCAGAGUGGACCCUCUCACGAGCCACGAUUUAAGUUCCAGGCAGUGAUUAAUGGGCGCCGAUUCCCACCAGCAGAAGCAGGGAGCAAAAAACUCGCGAAGCAAGAGGCAGCAGCUAACGCUAUGAAGGUCCUGAUGAGCGAAGCAGAGAAUGGAAGACACAGUGGAAUUAAAUCCGAAGAGUCGUUUCCCUCUGACAACUCUGAACCGGAAUUGCCUUUGCAGCCAGAGCCAGAGCCGUCGUCUGCGCCAGCUCAUCUCAACCUGCUUCCUGGGAAGCACCCCAUCAGCAUCUUAAUGGAGUACGGACAAAAAUCGGGGAACACGAUCGAAUUCCAGCUGCUCUCUCAGGAAGGCCCACCUCAUGAUCCUAGGUUCAGCUACUGUGUGAAAAUGGGUGACCAAAUUUUCCCUGCUGUGGUAGGAAACAGCAAGAAGGGAGCAAAGCAAAUGGCAGCAGAAGUUGCUGUGAAGAUUCUUUCUGGAGAGUCUGUACCUCAUGUCUUGCCUGAACAGCCUGCCGUGAAGCCCCACAGUGAGCAGUCCGUGUACAGCUGUGGGCCGUGGGUUGUCACUCCGGAUGGAUCCAAGGUGGUGAAAACAAAGGGUGCCGGGGAGCUCAUCAAAUACCUGCAUGUCAAUCCUGUUGGUGGCCUGCUGGAAUACGCCCACUCCAAUGGGUUUGCUGCAGAGUUCAAACUCAUCGACCUGUCAGGACCUCCCCACGACCCCAGGUUUGUCUACCAGGCGAAGGUUGGAGGCCGUUGGUUCCCAGCUGUGACUGCACACAAUAAAAAACAGGGCAAGCAGGAGGCGGCUGACGCGGCGCUCAGAGUCCUCAUCGGGGAAACAGCGAAGAAUGAGCGCAUGGAAUGGAUGAACAUGACCGAGCUCCCGGUGAGCGGCAGCACCCUCCACGAUCAGAUGGCGAUGCUGAGCCACCAGCGCUUCAACACCCUCACGGCUCGCAUCCAGCACAGUCUGCUUGGGAGGAAGAUCCUGGCUGCCAUCAUCAUGCGGAAAGGAAAUAAGGGUCUGGGAGCCGUGGUCAGCAUUGGAACGGGUAAUCGUUGUGUCAGAGGAGAAGAGCUGAGCUUGAAGGGGGAGACAGUGAAUGACUGUCAUGCAGAAAUCAUUUCUCGAAGAGGCUUUGUGAGGUUUCUCUACAGUGAGCUGAUGAAGUAUGACCCGUCUAAUCCUUCCUCUGCAGAAGAGAGCAUUUUUGAGCCAGCGGGAGAAAAGAGACUCAAAAUAAAGAGUGGUGUUACCUUUCACCUCUAUGUCAGCACAGCACCUUGUGGAGACGGGGCGCUCUUUGAUAAAUCCUGCAGCGAUCAGGCGAGCAUGGUGGGACAAGCCCAGCAUCAACCUCUCUUUGAGAACCCCAAGCAAGGCAAGCUGCGGACCAAGGUGGAGAAUGGGGAAGGUACCAUUCCUGUGGAGUCGAGUGACAUUGUGCCCACGUGGGAUGGGAUCCAGCAUGGGGAGAGGUUACGAACCAUGUCCUGCAGCGACAAAAUCUUACGUUGGAAUAUACUUGGCUUGCAAGGGGCGUUGCUGUCACACUUCAUGGAACCGGUUUAUCUCAGCUCCAUUACGCUCGGUUACUUGUACAGUCAGGGCCACUUAACGCGCGCGAUCUGCUGCCGCGUGGCAAGAGACGGGAACGUGCUGCAGGAAAAGCUCCAGGCUCCGUAUCGUGUGAACCACCCUGAGGUCGGGCGAGUCAGCGUCUACGACUCAGGGAGACAGAUGGGCAAGAUGAAGGAGUCUUCGGUGAACUGGUGUCUUGCUGAUGAAAGCGAAGUUGAAGUCUUGGAUGGCACAAAAGGGAAAGUAGACGGGUAAGAAGAGCCUUUCCUGACGCUGCUUUUCUGUUUGGGGACGGGGAGGGGGGGACAGCUCUGAAGUCACGGACGUUCUAGCACCAGACGUGUGGGGAGGGUUGAAGAGAGGAAUUUCAAAUGGGUGUGAGCGAGCACUCUUGAAGCAAAACAGAAUAUUGCCCAGCCCUUACAGCAGAGCCCCCUGAGCCAAGAAAUCCCCCAGGCAUCCCAUUGUAGGUUUUUCCCUGAGCCCCCUGCUUCUCUUUGCUC